GAAAAACACAAAGUUCUUCAGCAGCCAGAAGCGGUGAGAUUCAUGUCCAACAACAAGCAGUGCUGAAGAAAAGAGUGUGAUUGAUUCCAGCAGAAGAGAUCGGCAUCUUCAGGACUCUGCGUGUACAUGAGCAGUGAAAAAUGGAGAUCACUGAUCAGGGCACAGAUCAUGUGACCUCACCCUCAAAAGACUGUAAACUACAGAGAGAGAAAUCACACUCACCAGUGCCCAGCUGUGUCUCCAUGAAGAGUGAUUGGUCUAUGGAUGAACCUUUGAAAUUUAGCACUGGAAUCUCCUCACCUGGACACAGUGUUUUACAGAAGGCAGGAGACAGAAGAGAGAAGAACAUCAUCACAGCUACAGGACACGACCCAGAAUCCACUGCUGCAGAUGAAUUCCAGAAGAAGUUCAAGAUCAAUCUGAUGAAGACAUUUCAGUGUUUGAAUGGAUUGAUGCUAAAGCAGGAAAACCGAACACUCCUGAAUGAGAUCUACACAGAGCUCUACAUCACAGAGGGAGACAGUGGAGACAUCAAUAAAGAACAUGAAGUAAAACAGAUCGAGGCAGCAUCCAGGAGGAACCCAACUGAGGACACACCAAUUAAAUGCAGUGACAUCUUUAAACCCCUACCUGAACAAGACAAAGCCAUCAAGAACGUUCCGACAAAACCCUUAUAUGAACAAGAUGAAGAACCCAUCAUGAACGUUCUGAAAAAAGCCUUAUCUGAACAAGAUGAAAAACCCAUCAGGAACGUUCUGACUAAGGGAGUAGCUGGAAUUGGAAAAACAGUCUCUGUGCAGAAGUUUGUUCUGGACUGGGCUGAAGGGAAAACAAAUCAGGACGUCCACCUCAUAUUCCCACUUCUUUUCAGAGAGCUGAAUUUGAUGAAGGAGCAGAAACUGAGUCUGAUGGAGCUCCUUCAUGUGUUUUUUAAAGAGAUGAAAGAAUUGGACAUUUCCAGGUUGGAGAAGGUUUUGUUCAUUUUUGAUGGUUUGGAUGAGUGUCGUUUUCCUCUGGAUUUCCAGAAGACAGUGAGAGUGUGUGAUGUAACUGAAUCAGCACCAGUGCAUGUGCUGCUGAUAAACCUGAUCAGAGGAAACCUACUUCCCUCUCUGCUGUCCUAG